AUGGCUUCCUAUCUGGCAGUCCCGUCAACGGUCAGUCCCCCCCACCCCUUCCUUCUUCCUCCCUCCCCAUCUCUUUAUCUAACUCUCUCUCUGUGUCUGUUUCUGUAUCUGUUGCAGAUAAUGGAGGAGGAAGGGAGGUUCGCGGCGGAGGUGGCGGAGGUGGAGGCGUGGUGGCGGACGGAGCGGUUCCGCCUGACCCGCCGCCCUUACGCCGCCGCCGACGUGGUGGCGCUCCGGGGGACCCUCCGGCAGGCCUACGCCUCCGAUCAGCUUGCCAAGAAGCUCUGGAAAACGCUAAAAUCCCACCACGCUGCCGGCACGGCGGCGCGCACCUUCGGCGCCCUGGACCCCGUUCAGGUGACGAUGAUGGCGAAGCACCUCGACACCGUCUACGUCUCCGGCUGGCAGUGCUCCUCCACCCACUCGACCUCGAACGAACCAGGCCCCGACCUCGCCGACUACCCCUACGACACCGUGCCCAACAAGGUCGAGCAGCUCUUCUUCGCCCAGCAGUUCCACGACCGCAAACAGAGAGAAGCUCGAAUGGCCAUGACAAGGGAGGAGAGGGCUAGGGUUCCCUUCGUGGACUACCUCAAGCCGAUCAUCGCCGACGGGGACACAGGAUUCGGCGGCGCCACCGCGACGGUGAAACUCUGUAAGCUCUUCGUGGAGCGUGGCGCCGCCGGGGUUCACCUCGAGGACCAGUCGUCGUCGACGAAGAAGUGCGGGCACAUGGCCGGGAAGGUUCUGGUCUCCGUGGGGGAGCACGUGAACCGGCUGGUGGCGGCGAGGUUGCAGUUCGAUAUCAUGGGGGUGGAGACGGUGCUGGUGGCAAGGACCGACGCCGUGGCGGCCACCCUGAUACAGACCAACGUCGACGCGAGGGACCAUCGGUUCAUCCUCGGCGCCACCAACCGGGCGGCAGCGGGGAGAAGCCUGGCGGUGGCUCUGGCGGAGGCGGCGGCGGCGGGGAAGGCCGGGGCGGAGCUGCAGGCGGUGGAGGACCGGUGGCUCGCCGGAGCCCGGCUGAGGACCUUCCCGGACAGCGUGAGCGAUGCCCUGAGAAAUCUCAACGUCGACGAGGAGGAGCGGCGGCGGCGGGUGGCGGAGUGGGAGAGGGUCUCCGGCGGGUCGCAUGAAGAGGCCCGCGCCGCCGCUCGGCGGCUCGGCGCCGGCGAGGUGUUCUGGGACUGGGACCUUCCCCGAACCAGGGAGGGAUUCUACCGCUUCCAGGGGUCCGUCGAGGCGGCGAUAGCCAGAGGGGUCGCCUUCUUCCCCCACGCAGACCUCAUCUGGAUGGAGACCUCAAGGCCGGACAUGGCGGAGUGCCGGAGCUUUGCGGAGGGGAUGAGGAGGGAGCACCCGGAGGCCAUGCUGGCGUACAACCUGUCGCCGUCGUUCAACUGGGACGCGUCGGGGAUGACGGACCAGCAGAUGAGGGAGUUCAUCCCCGCCAUAGCCAAGCUAGGGUUCUGCUGGCAGUUCAUCACGCUCGCCGGAUUCCAUGCCGACGCGCUGGUGGCGGAGACGUUCGCCGGAGACUUUGCGAGGAGGGGGAUGCUGGCGUAUGUGGAGAGGAUACAGAGGGAGGAGCGCCGCCAUGGAGUGGAGACGCUCGCCCACCAGAAGUGGUCUGGAGCGAACUACUACGACAGGGUGCUGAAGACCGUCCAGGGCGGCAUCUCUUCCACCGCCGCCAUGGGCAAAGGUGAGCACAGACAAACCCCCUCUCUCGCUUCUUCUUCUUCAUCUUCUUCCUCUCCACCGUGUCUCCUCAGCUCGUUCCGCCGCUGCCAUGGCCGCCGCUUCUUCCUCUCUUUUCCAUCUCACCUCCUUCGUGUCUCCUCCGUUGCAGGGGUUACAGAGGAGCAGUUCGAAGAGGGGUCGGGGGGACCCGGCGGGGACGCUGGCGGCGCCGCCGAUAUUGCCAAGUCGAAGAUGUAG